UCUUAUAGCUGUGAUCAAUGUGGGAAGAGUUUUUGUCAAUCUGGCCAUCUGGUAUCACACCAGAGAACACACACAGGAGAGAAACCUUAUAGCUGUGAUCAAUGUGGGAAGAGUUUUUGUCAAUCUGGCCAUCUGGUAAUUCAUCAGAGAAUCCACACAGGAGAGAGACCUUAUAGCUGUACUCAAUGUGGGAAGGGUUUUGCAGCAUCUACCUAUCUUACUCUACACCAGAGAAUACACACAGGAGAGAAAUCUUAUAGCUGUGGUCAAUGUGGGAAGAGUUUUAGUCAAUCUGGCCAUCUGACAGUGCACCAGAGAAUACACACAGGAGAGAAAUCUUAUAGCUGUAAUCAAUGUGGGAAGAGUUUUACUACAUCUGGCCAGCUGACUUUACACCAGAGAACGCACACAGGAGAGAAACCUUAUAGCUGUGAUCAAUGUGGGAAGAGUUUUACUAGAUCUGACCAUCUGACUUUACACCAGAGAACGCACACAGGAGAGAAACCGUAUAGCUGUGGUCAAUGUGGGAAGGGUUUUGCGGCAUCUACCUAUCUUACUCUACACCAGAGAAUACACACAGGAGAGAAAUCUUAUAGCUGUGGUCAAUGUGGGAAGAGUUUUAGUCAAUCUGGCCAUCUGACAGUGCACCAGAGAACGCACACAGGAGAGAAAUCUUAUAGCUGUGAUCAAUGUGGGAAGAGUUUUACUAGAUCUGACCAUCUGACUUUACAUCAGAGAACGCACACAGGAGAGAAACCGUAUAGCUGUGGUCAAUGUGGGAAGAGUUUUGUUAAAUCUAGCCAGCUGACAGUACACCAGAGAACACACACAGGAGAGAAACUCUAUAGCUGUGGUCAGUGUGGGAAGAGUUUUACUGAGUCUGGUGGUCUGACUAAACACCAGAGAACACACACAGGAGAGAAACCUCAUACCUGUGCUGAGCAGCAAAGAUACAACAGACCUCAUAUCCACACGAGAGGGAUGGUCCAGCGUGUGUUUGGCGUAUGGAAAAAUAGAUUCCAGUGUUUUCGCAAUACACUUGGUUUCAAGCCAAGAAGUUGCUGCAAGGUGAUCAUUGCUACAGCUGUGCUGCACAACUACCUGAAGCAGCAUGGCUGUCCUGAUCCUCCCAUGAUCAGCAUCAAGCAGAUGUACCCAUGA